AUGGGAUGCAGAGCAAGAGUGAGGCUAAUUUCGGGAAAAUUAGUCGCUUCAUCAGAUGCUCAUAACCAUGCUCCUCCAUCGCACGCAAGGUGUGGUAAUGGUGCAUUCGUACCGCUGCGUCCACGGUCGCAGGUUCUACCAGUCUCCUCAAUUGCAGCCUCAAUACUUCCGUCGCCGCUUUUAUCACCCCGAGCCGCUUCGCUGGCUCUUCAUGCGCUUAACUUUCCUAGAAUUGCUCCUAAAUUUGAUCUCUGGAAUCGGACACCUCCUGAGGAGAGAAAGGAUUAA